UCUAUAUAUAUAUAUAUAUUCAUGUAUAUAUAUGUGGUUAUGUACGUAUCAAACCAGUUGCAUAUCUCUCUCUCUCUCGUGUCUGUGUGUGUGACAAAUGGGUUUUAGGGUUUAUGUCAUUUCUUCAUCAGUUUUCGUUCUUCUGCAAUUUGCGUCGCUGCUUCUUGUUCAGGGAAAAGGAUGUGAUAUGUUCACAGGGCGGUGGGUGAAGGACGCCUCCUACCCCUUCUACGAUCCCUCCGCGUGUCCCUUCAUCGAACGCGAGUUCGCCUGUCAGAGAAAUGGACGGUCGGAUCUCGAUUUCACCACCUUCAGAUGGCAGCCCCUCCAUUGCAAAUUGGCAAGGUUCAAUGGGGUGAAAUUCUUGGAGAGACACAGAGGGAAGAAGAUAAUGUUUGUGGGAGAUUCUCUCAGUUUGAAUCAAUGGCAAUCAUUGACAUGCAUUCUUCACUCUUCCGUCCCGAAUUCUCCGUACAACAUUACUCGACAAGGCGAUGUUUCAUCAUUCAUUUUCAAGGAUUAUGGAGUUGAAGUGAUGGUCGAUCGGAAUGUAUACUUGGUAGAUGUCGUGAGAGAGAGCAUCGGUCGAGUUUUGAAGCUUGACUCAAUCAAAGGAUCCAAACUAUGGACCGGAAUCGAUAUGUUGAUCUUCAAUACUUGGCAUUGGUGGAGCAGAAGAGGACCUACACAACCAUGGGAUUGGAUACAAAUAGGAGGCAAUGUUACAAAAGAUAUGGACCGUAUGGUUGCAUUCGAGAAGGCACUUGAUACAUGGGGCAAAUGGGUUGAUGAUUUUGUAGAUCCCCAAAAAACCAUUGUCUUUUUCCAAGGAAUUUCGCCUUCUCAUUACAAUGGAGUCUUAUGGGGAGAGCCAAAAGCAAAGAGUUGCUUGGGCCAGAAGCAACCGCUUUUAGGGACAACAUAUCCAGGAGGUCUGCCUCCGGAGGUCGGAAUUCUGAAAAAAUCGCUGAGCAAAAUCUCGAAACCGGUGAUUCUCCUCGACGUCACGAUGCUUUCGCUGCUUCGUAAAGACGGUCAUCCUUCGGUAUUCGGUUUAGGCGGUCAAACUGGUAUGGAUUGCAGCCAUUGGUGCCUUCCAGGUGUACCAGACACUUGGAAUGAGAUUCUUUACAAUUACUUGGUCAAGUAGUUGUACAAAUUGAAGCAAAGCAAACAAAACAAGAACAUUUAUGUCUUAUCAAAUUGAAAUCUUUACGGAAUAAAUAAACCGAUCUUUGCUUGAUA